AUGUCUCAUGCCAUCAAAGGAAAGACCGCCAUCGUCACCGGCGCUGGCAGCGGCAUCAAUCUUGCCUUUGCUCAGCAGCUCCUGGAAGGCGGAUGCAAUGUUCUCAUCGCUGAUCUCUCGUUACGACUCGAGGCACAGCGAUUGGUAGACGCACACACGAGCCCAGCGGAGGGCAGGGCUCGCGCCGUCUACCAACACACGGACGUCACAAACUGGAAGCACCUCGAGCGCAUGUUUGCGGAAGCUGAAGCCCAAUUCGGUGAGAUUGACAUUGUUUGCCCGGGUGCCGGUGUCUAUGAACCGAGUUUUAGCAGCUUUUGGUAUCCCCCUGGAACUCCAAAAAGCCGCGACAGCGUCGAGGGUGGCCGCUACGCAAGUGUUGACAUUAAUCUUGUUCAUCCAAUUCGGACCACUCAGUUGGCUCUCGCUCGUUUCCUCAAAUACAAACGCAAGCCGCGAACUGUUGUCAUCAUCUCGAGCACCAAUGCUCAAGAUACUUGCCUUUCCACGGCUAUUUACGAUGCCACCAAGCAUGCGACAAGUGGUUUUGUCCGAGCCAUGUCAAAGAUUGACCAGGUCCAUGUCCGAAUUGCGGCAGUUGCGCCUGGUAUCAUCAAGACACCUCUGUUUAUGGAAAACCCAGAUAAGCCGGCCAUGCUGGACGGAGACAAGGACAUCUUGGUUGAGCCUUCCGAGGUUGCCACAGUCAUGGUGUGCUUGAUUGAGAGAGACACUAUAUGCUCCAAGAUUGACGAGGCAAGGACAGGCGCGCAGGAUAUCCCGAUUGGUAGCGGCACUAUUUUGGAGGUGACCAAGAAUCGGGUGCGGGCCGUCCAUGCGUAUCAUGAUCCUGGGCCGUCUGGACCUGGUGCGGUUGGGUCCAACUUUGAAGCCUCGGAGGCUACGACUUUGGCUUUGCUGUGUCCAGGUUGGGGUGAGCCCACGAUCCAAAAAGAGGAGUUGACAUAG